GCCAAAGAUGUCGGCUCGGUCAUGUGAUCAGCUGUGUCCAAUCACAACUGAUUGCGAGCUGUCACGCUGACAGCUCGAGAGGAGAGCUGAGCUGGUAAUAAUCGGCAUUCCUCAGAGGGGACAUGUACACUGAUCAUCAGGGCACUGAUGAUCAGUGUGCCCUGAUGAUCUGUGUAGCCCCAGCAGUGCCAUCUGUCAGUGACCAUCAGUGCCAGCUGUCAGUGCUCAUCCAUGCCACCUGCCAGUGCCCAUCAGUGCCACAUAUCAGUGCCUACCAGUGCACAUCAAUGCCACAUAUCAGUGCCCAUCUGAGCUGCCUUUCAGUGUCACCCAUCAGU